AUGGACGACCUGGAGGAGCUGCAGCUGCUGGGGCGUGGAGGCUACGCGAGUUCGUCCGACCUCUACGCGUUGAAACGUAUUCCGAGGUCGAAGAUUGUCUCGGAGCAGCAGAAACUGCGGCUGGAAGCGGAAAAAUUCGUUCUGCUGCACGCUACGAGUCCGUUCCUGUGUCGAGGCUUUGAGAGCUUCGCGACGACGGCGCAAGUUGCAUUUCUGCUGGAAUUCAUCGACGGCCGAGCGCUGUACGAGUGCGUGUGGAAGUACAGAGAGACGGGGAAAUUCCCGGAACACGUCGCCAAAUUCUUCGCAGCGCAACUGGUGCUGGCGCUGCGCGAUCUGCACGCUCAAGGGUUCAUUCACCGAGAUCUAAAGAGUGGAAAUGUACUAGUGGGGAAGGAUGGGUUUAUCAAAGUGAUUGACUUUGGACUGGCGAAAAAGCUUGUCGGUGGAGCUGAUGGAGAUCCCACGGAGCGCACUCAGUCCAUGUGUGGGACGCAUUACGUCAUGGCUCCGGAAGUGUUUUACCGUGAAGCCUACGGGUUUGCCAUAGAUUGGUGGAGCUUGGGUGUCGUAAUCUACGAGAUGGCUGUUGGGCAUCCGCCGUGGGAGUAUCAGUGCCCGGCCUACAGUACCAUGGACGAGUAUUUCCAGCUAAUAAAGCGCGUAGCAAGCUCGGCUCACAAUUACUCAGAAGAGCGACUAGGCGAUGAUCUGCGUUCGCUCGUGAGCGGAUUACUGAAGCUUAAUCCUCGCGAGCGUCUUGGAAGAAAUGGAGCAGCAGAGGUAUGA